UCCUGAUGGAGCACUGCUGAGGGCGACAGCUGCUGGAGCUUCCAAGUCACGAUCCGAACGACCGACGUCAUCAGCCCUCCAGAUGUCCGCUAUGCGCGCCCAAUUGCCCUUGCUGAGGACGGCGCAAGGUGUGCGACCUGGUCAAUUGCCUUCAUACGUCUGCAGGCAAUGUAGGGGCAUCCAGAUCAGCGCUGCGCCGACGACUGAAGCGCCCAAGGUUGGCGGGGAUGUCUUUGGAGCUCGGGGAGCGUCGCGGGAUGCCGCCGAUGCCCGUUUCGAGGUCCUUGGAUCACCAUACUCCCUCCUUUCCGUCUCUCUGUCGCCGUCACAGCAGCUCUACACCAGAAGGGGAACAUUGGUAGGAGUUGCAGGCAAGGCUGAAAAUGCCCAAUCGACACUUUCCAUUCUUUCGCCUUUCACACGAGCCUUCUUCGGCGUUCCUUUCCUAUAUCAACGCAUUUCAUCUUCAACGCCCCUUACGGCUCUGAUAUCUACAAAGUCUCCCACGACAACCUUUUCCGUCCUUCACCUCGAUGGUACCACCGACUACAUGGUUUCUCAGCGCAAUGCGCUUCUUGCUUGGACAGGUCACACACUCUCCGUAUCGCCUCGUAUAAGCCGUGGCCUCUCGCUGGCCCACUGGGGAAGCACUCACCUCACCGGCCGAGGCCUGGCAGCUCUAUCCUCCCCCGGCCAGGUAUACGAAGUUACGCUCGCGGAAGGCGAGGAGUUUGUCGCACACCCUUCGCACGUGGUCGCAUACGCCGUAUCUCGCAACCCUCCUCUGCCGAUGCGCCUCAAGUCGAACAUCCUCCGCCUUCAGAUCCCUAACAUCACUCGCUUCUUCCCCGAGACAAACUUUAUGAAAGCGAUGCGCGAUACCAGUACAUACAAGAACGUUGCUCGGUGGUUAUUUACUUUGAGGACGUCGCUCAGACGCACAAUUUGGGGCGAUCGCUUGUUCCUCCAGUUCCGUGGCCCGACAACCCUUCUCAUGUCCAGCAGAGGCGUCAGAGUUGCCGAUGCUCUCACCAACAAGGAGGUCAACGAGAUUGCAGAUGCGCCGGCUGGCGUAGUCCCAGAGGCUGUUGAACUGACGACCAAGCCGAAGGUCGAGGCAAAGCCCGCAUCAGUCGAGCAGCCGCCGUCAGCCAUCCAUGUCGCCAGCGUAUCGCGUGAUGGGAAGGUCAGCUUCGAGGACGCGAAGGAUCUGAAAGAAUUUGUGCGAUAGAGGCGGAAUCAAAAUCGGAAUCAAAUACAGGCACCCCUGUGCCGCGAAGCACAAUUGCCAUGGCGAUUUGAUCAGACAGCCACAAGGCUGACAAAUGUAACUUUACUGUGUAAUAGACAAGGAAACGGUCAGGUUACAAUGCUGCAUGUGAAUCGACCUGCAGGUUAAGUCCGGCUGCCGUAGGACAUUUUCGCCGUGGGAUGCUUUAGUUAUCGGCCGGAUCUUCUUCACUCGUAUUCUCGUGAUUUGUCCGUAUGGUCAGUUACCAUCUCGGAUAUAUACGUUCGUUCGUCGUCC